CCAAGCAAGUUUCGCGGGUUGGGAUUCAGCGUCGCGCGCCUAUAUCGUGAUGAACUGAACAGGUGUAGUAAGCCCUACGUUAAGUUGACAGUGAAAGGACUGUGUUGCAAAACAACUUCCCGUAAUACAAUAUGGACACAUCGUGCUUGUGAAAUUAGGUACAGGGAUAUCAAGUGGUGUGGUCCACAUCCUACCUAAGAACGGUUCAUGGCCGGGAUAUCUGGAUCGGCCGGCACCCAUGCUCGCCUCCUGUACUCCCCAGUCGCCCGCCACCGUCAACGCCGCCCCCGAUUGCGCCACUGGCAGACCAAGCCCCUCACCCCCACGCCCCUCUACCCGAACACCCUCCUCCCGCAUACAGACACGCCGUACUUAAUAUAGUAGCGCAAAUAUUCGGGUUUUGCGAAAAGGAAAAAAAAACUAUUUAGUCCACUGAUUUUUUUCUACCUCUGCAAUAUCGAUAUAAGUAAAUGAAGUUUUUAUAGUUUUUUACUGUACCUUUUUGAGCCUGUAUUGUAUUAUAGUAGACUUAGUCGUAGCUUUUAAGACUAUCGGGGCCUUAUUUUAUUACCUGAUCGUAUAAUUAAGUGGCCUUAUGUCUGUCAUAUCCAUUUUAUCGUACCUGUCUCCAAUUUAAUCAUUUAUUUACCCAAUCAUGGUGGGCAGGUCUUCAUUUAGGAGCAGUAGGACACACACUAUAGAUAAUCAAAGGAGAAUCCAUGCAAAUGACAGAGUAUUCAACUCCCAGUUUCGUUACGCUAGCAAUUACAUAAAGACCUCAAAGUAUUCGAUACUGACGUUCCUGCCUCUGAACUUGUUUGAACAGUUCCAGCGUCUGGCUAACUUCUACUUUUUGUGCCUUCUCGUCCUGCAGCUGAUACCCGCUAUCAGCAGUCUCACGCCUGUUACCACAGCGUUACCUUUGAUGGGGGUAUUGGGACUCACUGCCAUUAAAGAUGCUUACGACGACAUACAACGUCAUAUAUCGGACUCGCAAGUCAACAACAGAAAGUCCCGCGUCGCCCGUAAAGGCAAACUCGUCAACGAGAAAUGGUCGGCAGUGCAAGUCGGGGACAUCAUCCGCAUGGACAAUAACUCCUUCAUAGCGGCCGACGUGCUACUGUUGACGUCUAGUGAACCCAACGGCUUGUGUUACAUUGAAACGUCAGAAUUGGACGGAGAAACCAAUCUGAAAUGCCGCCAGUGUCUGGUGGAGACGGCCGAGAUGGGCCAGGACGACCUCCUACUCAGUGAAUUCGAUGGCGAGAUAUUGUGCGAGACCCCCAACAAUCUGUUGAACAAGUUCGAGGGGGUGCUCAUCUGGAAGGGCAAGUCUUACUCCCUGGACAACGACAAGAUCAUGCUGAGGGGCUGCGUGCUGAGGAACACACAAUGGUGCUACGGAGUGGUGAUUUUUGCUGGCAAAGACACCAAACUCAUGCAGAACAGCGGCAAGAGCAAGUUCAAACGCACUAGUAUAGAUAGACUCCUUAACUUUUUAAUUAUAGGGAUAGUGUUUUUUUUAUUGUCCAUGUGCCUUUUUUGUAUGGUGGCGUGCGGUAUUUGGGAGUCCUUGGUGGGUCAGUACUUUCAAACAUUCCUACCAUGGGACACUCUAGUGCCUUUAGAGCCUUUGGGCGGUGCCACCAUAAUAGCCCUGUUGGUAUUCUUCUCCUAUGCCAUCGUGCUCAACACGGUGGUGCCGAUAUCCCUCUACGUGUCCGUCGAGGUCAUUCGGUUUGUGCAAAGUUUCCUCAUCAACUGGGAUGAGCAGAUGUACUACGACAAGACUGGCACACAUGCUAAGGCCAGGACUACCACACUUAAUGAAGAAUUAGGCCAAAUAGAAUACAUCUUUUCUGACAAAACCGGUACGCUUACUCAGAACAUUAUGACAUUCAACAAGUGUUCUAUCGGGGGCCGGUCCUUCGGCGACGUAAUCGACCAAAGAACAGGGGAUGUUGUAGAGAUCACCGAGAACUCCGAACCCUUGGAUUUCUCCUUCAAUCCAAACUUCGAACCGGAGUUCAAAUUCUACGAUACGCAACUACUAGAUGCGGUGAAACGGAAAGACCCUGCUACUUUCAGCUUCUUCCGUCUGUUGGCGCUAUGCCACACCGUCAUGUCAGAGAACAGGGAGGGAAAACUCGAAUACCAGGCGCAAUCGCCCGACGAGGCGGCCUUGGUGUCUGCCGCUCGCAAUUUCGGUUUUGUAUUUAUUGAGAGGGCUCCAAACAGUAUUACCAUUGAGGUUAUGGGCGUUAAGGAGGUUUAUGAGCUUCUUUGCAUCCUGGAUUUUAACAACGUGAGGAAACGCAUGUCCGUGAUAUUGCGGAAGGACGGGAUUCUACGGCUGUACUGUAAAGGCGCGGACAACGUUAUAUACGAGAGACUUAAAAGCGGGAACGAUGAAAUCAAGCAGAAAACACAGGAACACCUUAACAAAUUUGCCGGCGAAGGUCUGAGAACUCUCUGCCUGGCAUCGAGAGAUCUGGAUGAGGAAUUCUUCAACGACUGGAAGCAGCGGCACCAAGAGGCAGCCAUCGCCCUGGAUGGUAGAGAGGAAAGGUUAGACGCGAUAUAUGAAGAAAUCGAAACGGAAAUGGAGCUUAUAGGCGUUACCGCGAUCGAAGAUAAACUACAGGACGGAGUUCCUCUGACAAUUGCCAAUCUCAUUCUAGCCGGAAUAAAAAUAUGGGUGCUUACAGGUGAUAAACAAGAAACUGCCAUAAACAUCGGUUACUCUUGCCAACUUCUGACUGACGAAAUGGUGGACGUCUUCAUAGUGGACGCCUCAACGUACGACGAAGUCCACCAGCAACUACUUAAGUUCCGAGACAACAUAAAGAUCGUCCACACUUUCCAGCCCCGCAGUCCCGCCGGCGUUCAGCUGGGCACGUCGAACGGCAAAGUGGAUGCGUCCAAUCAGUCGACGGGCACAUCGACACCGCCACAACCGCAGCCGCAGCCGGCCAACCCACCCGCAGUCAGUGUGGUGACUUUCAGGUGGGAUGAUGACGUUGAUCGGUGUGAGAAUACGAGAGCAAGUACUGAAUUAGAGUACCACGGUGGCGUAGCAGAACACCCGAUUGAAGAAUCCCCUGCUGGUUUUGCAAUCAUCAUAAACGGAAAUUCCUUGGUGCACUGCCUCCACCCUCAGUUGGAGAGAUUGUUCUUGGAGGUGGUCCUGCAGUGCAAGUCGGUUAUAUGCUGCAGGGUCACCCCCUUGCAGAAGGCCUUGGUCGUAGAGCUGAUCAAGAAGAAUAGAAAUGCCGUCACUUUGGCGGUGGGUGACGGUGCAAACGAUGUGUCUAUGAUCAAAGCUGCCCAUAUCGGGGUUGGCAUCUCCGGCCAAGAGGGGAUGCAAGCGGUUCUUGCCUCGGACUACUCGAUAGCCCAAUUCUGUUUCUUGGAGAGGCUACUUCUGGUACAUGGUAGAUGGUCCUACUACCGUAUGUGUAGCUUUCUGAGAUAUUUUUUCAACAAAAACUUUGCAUUCACUCUGUGCCAUUUCUGGUACGCCUUUUUCUGCGGAUUCAGCGCCCAAACUGUAUUCGACCCUAUGUAUAUAUCGAUAUACAAUCUUUUUUAUACAUCCUUGCCUGUCCUGGGCGUGGGUAUCUUCGAUCAAGACGUCAACGAUAAGAACAGUGUCUUGUAUCCCCAACUUUACAGGCCAGGACAUUACAACAAGUUUUUUAACAAAAAGGAGUUUUUCCGCAGUGCUCUACAGGGUUGUUUUGUGUCGGCCGUACUAUUUUUCAUUCCACUGGGUACCUAUUUUGAUGCGGUUGCUCCUAAUGGGCAGGGCCUGUCGGACUAUAUGCUGUUCUGCAGUGCUACCGCCGCAAUGCUAGUCAUCGUUAACACGGCUCAGAUUGCACUGGACACGAUGUACUGGACCGUCUUCAAUCACAUUAUGAUCUGGGGCUCCCUGGCGUUCUACUUCGUGGCCGACAACUUCUACAACUACAUCUGCAACGGCCCCUACGUAGGCUCUCUAACCAAGGCCAUGUCGGAGGCCAACUUCUGGUUCACCGCCGUCCUGGUGGUCAUAAUCUCAGUGAUGCCCGUCCUCGCCUGGCGGUUCUACUUCGUGGACGUGUUCCCCACCCUCUCGGACAGGGUGCGGCUGAAGCAGAGGAUGGCGCAGGUGCGGUCCCGCCACAGCCAGGACACGCUCCGGAUGCCCUCUUCGAGGAGGGCGAGGCGGUCAAUCCGGUCGGGGUACGCGUUCGCGCACCAGGAAGGUUUCGGCCGGCUUAUAACAUCCGGCAAGAUCAUGCGGAAGUUGCCAAAUCCCGAAUUCAACAUACCCAACAUUAUAAAUAAGUUGAACAUGAACUCUGGUAGUUCGGGGCACAAGAACCACACGAGCACCACCCCGCACUCACAGGACGGCAGUAGUAGCGGUACACGGGCCCCCAUGCAGGACUUGGACACCAUUAAUUUGUGAGGAUAGUGUCGUUUUGCUACUUAAGCUUUACAUGAGGAGGCGAUUUCACGGCGGGCAUAUCGGAAGUUUGUUUUAAGGGGACCAGGCGUCAGCGAGUGAAAAUUUACUAUCCCACAUGAAAUAAUAUAUGUAAAAACAAAAGACGGUUGGGUUGAGAAAUGGUAAGUAUACAGGGUGUCGCUGUUUAUAGGUGUACUGGCCAUUAACGUAAUAAGUUAAAAACGAAUGAAGUUUAAAUAUUCUUUGUUGUGUGUUUAUAUAACUUCCUCAAAAUUUGAUAUAAUUUUUUUUUAAGUCCAAUAGCGAUUUUUUUUCUAAAAUCUAGCAACACGAUGUUAUUUUACAACUCUUAACUGUGCAAAAAAAAAACUUAAAUUUUGCAAAAGGGCAAAUUACUGGAUUAAUCGAUAAUUGAUAUAAUUAUUUUUAAUUUCUAAUUUUUUUUCUGAAAUCUAACAACACAAUGUUAUUUUAUGCCUCUUAACUUGUUAACGGUAUGAAAAGAAAUGUAAAUUGUGUAAAAGUGCAAAUUUCGAAAUUCAAUAUAAUUUUUUUUUAAUAUAUGAAAUCUGUUUAAUUUUUUGAAAAAUUGCAAAUAAGAAAGGCUUUUAUAUUUUUUUAUAGACAUUAAAAUUUGAUAAAGAAAUUGCUUAACUGAAAAGAAAGUAUGAUAAAAUAUUAAUUUAAGAAAAUACAUUCAAAUGCUUUCUCAUAAUUUCCGUACACCCUGUAUAUGUUUGGAAAGUUCGUGAAGCUUUACAGUUGACACUCGUACCCGGCAGAGGGCACUAAAAUUCUCAGGAGCGAAGGUUUGUAGGAAGGUGGGAUACUUUUGGGACAGACCUCGUAUAUUUCGUCCGCUUCAUUGGAUAGAACCUCACAAAACAUUUUAAUAUUUGUUUACAAUUGCCAACUGUCACUUAUUUUCUAGAUACAACCAGCCAAAUUGACGAUUGCCAACUGUAAAUUUCUAAUAUGUGUAGUACAUUCCAUUUUUAAUUAUUACAUUGCAAGAAAACUGCUACAAGUCAUUUAUGAAUUGUAAUAUUGAAAUGAGAAAAGACUACAAAAUUUAGGAAAUAGCGAUUAUCGAACGGAAAAAUUAACGAUAAUUAAAAUAUUAAUUUCACGUUGCGGGUAAUAGUAUUUUGUUCUAAUUGUUAUUUCUACCAGAAACUGCAUUUUAUGAAUUUUUCCUCGUUUUAGUACAAAAUUGUGUUCGGUGUAAAUUUUCCGGGAAUGUCCUCCGAUUUGAUUCCGAUGUGCCCGGUCUGAGAAAACCAAUUUUUUUUAAGUUAUUGUAAGAUAUGCACAUGUUAUCAACUCUUUCAGUUGUUAUGAAAAUUUUGUAAGAUAUUGUUACAUUUUACAAAAGGAAACAAAGAAUGAGACCUUUAUUUGCUACUCUAAGUAUUUGCUAUGUGAUUUUUCACUUAACGAUAGGUGUAUGUACAGUAUAAAUUUGUUUUAUGUUAUUAGACUUUUAAUGUUAAGCCCUACUAGUCAAAAUAUGUUUAAUGUUACAUAAAAAGUAUUUCUUUAUAUUACAAAGUUAUUUAAAAUA